AUGGCUGAUGUCGGUGGCUGGAGUACUAUCGAGUCAGAUGAGGGUCUCUUCACCUCUCUGAUCGAGACACUCGGAGUAAAAGACACCCAAUUCGAAGAGCUCAUCUCCCUAGACGCAGAGACAAUCCGGUCACUAGGCCCAGUCUACGGCGUAAUCUUCCUCUUCAAAUGGACACGCGAAGCAGCCGGCGCACGCGCCGAAGCCCCGCUCGACGGAACCUACGACCAAACCGCCACAGACAACCUCUUCUUCGCCGCACAAACAAUUCAAAACGCCUGCGGCACACAAGCCAUCCUCUCCGUAAUCCUCAACCACGACAACCCGCCCGCACCACAGCCAGCAAUCGAGCUCGGCGAAGAGCUACGCUCCUUCAAAGACUUCACAACGGGAUUCCCGCCUGAACUGCGCGGCGAAGCGCUCUCGAACUCGGAAACUAUCCGGACCGCGCAUAAUAGCUUUGCGCGUGCGAGCCCGUUCGCCGAUGAGACGACGCGGCCGCAGGAUGAUGAGAAGGGUGCGGAUGUUUACCAUUUCAUUGCGUAUACGCCUGUCAAUGGGACGCUGUACGAGCUUGAUGGUCUGCAGCCGUAUCCUAUUAGCCAUGGGCCGUGUGGGACUGGGGAGUUUCCUGAGAAGGUUAUUGAGGUUCUGCAGAGGCGUAUUGCGCGGUAUCCUCCUGAGGAGACGCAUUUCAAUCUUAUGGCUGUUGUGAAGGAUCCGAGGGGGAGGGCGAGGGAGAUUGGGGAUGUGGAGACACUUGAGAGGGAGGAGAGGAAGAGGGCUGCAUGGCAGUGGGAGAAUACGCUCAGACGGUGUAAUUUUGUUGGGUUCAUUGGGGAGAUCAUGAAGGGGGUUGUUGGGGUUAAGGAGAAGGAUCCUGAGGGGAAGGCUUAUGGGGAGUGGGUUGAGGGUGCGAAGAGGGAGACGAGGAAGAAGCUUGAGAUGGGCCGCUAG